GGUAAGUACUAGGUAAGUAUAGAGGUUAUCGGUUCUCCGGUCACCGGAUUCCGGCCGGAGGAAUGGAGGAUUCUGAUUCCGUUGCAUGUUUGCCACCAGGUUGGACUGUGAAAGUAAAUGUGAGAAAGAAUGGUAAGAAAGACAAGUAUUACUUUCCCCCUUCAAGUGAUCUAAAGUUCAAUUCCAUAGUAAGCGUAUUUCGUUAUCUCAACAAUGCUAAGAACAAAGCCAUCAUCCGAAGUGUCGAUAUGGAAAAUGAUCAACAGAUUCCUCGCCGUGCAUCAAAGCGUCUUGCUGGAAUUAAGGCUGAUCAACUUCUAGAACUUAAACCAACUCGAGCCUGUCGAGAUGCGGCUAAACAAUCAGGUGACGACAAAGCUGGCAUAAAUGCAGAUAGAUUCACCAAUAGCUUCUCGAAUGACCAAACGAAACAGCUGAAUACUGUUGAAGCAAAAGAAACUAUGAUCACUUUCAAAAGUACAGAAAACACAAUGGACAAUAAUGCUACUGACAAAGAGUGUGUGAAAGUCAUUGAAAAUAAAGAUGAUAUUGAUGUGAAGUUAGAUUACACUGAUGAAUUUCCCCUCAAGGAAAUACUCACCGAUCCAUGUAUCGCGUUUGCGGUACAAACUCUAACUGGUAACACAUUUGAGCCUUUUAAAGACGCUCAAACUUCUGCUUCAACUGAAGAACUCGGUAAGAAAAUCAAUGUCACGAACAACGAUCCGAAAAAAUUUGCUUUUGCAGAAAAACAUGCUGCUGUUGCUGAGAUUGACAAUGCUGAUAAAAAUACAGGACCAUGUUCUGAAAAGGAACAUGAUAUCUCAAAGAUGGCAUUGUCAAGUGUGAACUUAUGCAAGAGCCAUUACAAUUACAGCCAAAUCUUUGGUAAAGAAAGCAGGAGUGUUUGUUAGAGAGAAUUGCAGCCUAGGUUUGCAGUUAUGAAACUUUGAAAUUAAGUACCUCAUGAAGCCUUAAACUAACUCACUUUUUGUUGGUAUUUUGGUGUGAAAUGAUGUAAUAUAAUCAUGUGUAUAUUUUUGAAUAUGGUUUUAGGCUUCAAUGUAGAGCUGGUAUCUUAUUAUCUAAUCUAAAUAGACUGGUGUAGAAUCUUACCA